AGCGGGCACCGAGUCGUCUGGCAAGACUGCGGGCACCGAGUCGUCUGGCAAGACUGCGGGCACCGAGUCGUCUGGCAAGACUGCGGGCACCGAGUCGUCUGGCAUUGGAUCGUCUGGCUCGACAGCGGGCAUCGGGUCACCAGGUAUGACAGCGGGCACUGGGUCACCAGACAUCAGGUCAUUUGGCUCGCCAGCGGGCACCGCGUCAUCUUGCAAGGCAGUGGGCACCGAGUCACCAGGUACCGGAUCAUCUGGAUCAACAGCGGGCAUCGAGUCAACUGGCCUAAUAGGAUCAUCAGGCCGGAUCAGUUCAUUAUGCUGGGAAGAAGCAUCUGGCUGAGUAGAGGCAUC